AUGAAAACAGGCCCGAAAGGACCGAGCAGCGGUAUCCUCUGCGGCGUGGACUUCAACUUCAAUGGCUGGGGUAACAAGUUUCGGACAGAGACGUCUGUUGGCCUUGGGACAGAGACAUGUGUCGGACUUGCGCGCACACUGCUGAAAGAUCUCAAGAUUGAGCGUAUCGAGUCCUCGCUCGUCACUGAAGGCGGCGCCAUUGAGGUCGACGGUGAAGGCACAAUGGUUGCCACCGAGAGCUCCAUCAUCAACGAUAAUCGCAAUCCCGGAAUGAGUCGAGAGGAUAUCGAAGCGGAGUUUGCUCGAACUUUGGGCAUCGAGAAGUUCAUAUGGAUCCCAGGCGUCCAUGGUGUGGAGGUGACUGACUGCCACAUCGAUGCAUUCGUUCGCUUCGCGCGCCCUGGCGUCGUUCUCUUGAGCAAGCCGAGCUCGGAGGAGAGCAGAAAUGCAAACAGCGUCUGGGUGCGAGCAUACAAAGAAGCGGUCGAUGUACUUUCGGGAACCAAAGAUGCCAAAGGCCGUUCGCUCGAGGUCAUCGAGAUAUCUGAGCCCAACGUCUCGGAGGUCGCUAUGGAUGAAGAGUUUUUGAAGGCGAUCGCGUCGAGCGAAUUACCCCCGCCGGCAUUUAACUACGCCAACUACCUGAUGGUCAACGGAGGGCUAAUCUUCCCUCAAUUUGGCGACAAAAGAUCCGACGCGGCGGCUUUGAAGACGGUUCAGCGGUUGUUUGGUAGCGAGAGAGAUGUCGUGACGGUACCGUUACAAGAGCUGCCUCUGAUGGGCGGGGGGAUACACUGCGCGACACAACAAAUUCCCUUGUCGAUCUCGGUUUCGCCAUAG